AUGACUGCAAACACACAGAAAAGGAAAAUGAGAAUUAAAAACAAGUUCAUCCCCUGGUUCGACCGUGAUCUGGCAGAGUUACUCCACCUCAAGAACACCAUUUGGUGAAAGGCUCGGCACACAAAUACUCGUCAUUCAGGCAAAUUAGAAAAAAGUGCACUCAGGCUAUCCGGAAGGCUAAAGUUAGUUACUUUAAGGAACAGGUCUCUCUCUGUGGGUCUAACCCCAAGAAGUUCUGGAAAACGGUGAAAGACCUGGAGAAUAAACACUUCUCCUCACAGCUGCCCAUGUCCCUUAAUGUUGGUGAUGUGGUUGUUACUGACAAGGAGCGUACGGCUGAGCUCUUUAAUCACCACUUCAUU